AUGCCGGAGAAGAACAAGGCGGCAGCGCCGACUGGGGAUGAGGCACCAUGCAAGAUACAGAAGUGUGAGGAGGAGGUUCAGGCCGACAUCCCCGAUGAAGCCCUUAUGGCGGAGGUGCAAUCCCUGCUGAUGGGCGCCGACCUGGCCGGCAUCACCGUGGGCCAGCUCCGAGCCAGGCUGGAGGGCAACCUUGGCCUUUCCGCUGGGACAUUGGCUGCCAGGAAGUUCCGGCGGCGCAUCAGCUUUUUGGUGCACCGUGAGGUGUUGAAGAAGUCGCAGCGCUCGGAGGAAUGCGAGAAAAUCGCCGAGGAGCUUCUGAGGCUGGACUUGCCCAUGCCGGUGCGGCAGAUGCUCAUCGAUAGUUUGCACCACUCGGUGUCCAUGGCGGACGGCACGGAGCUGCAUCCGCACCAGGUGCGGCUACUGUCCAUCGCCCGGGAUGCGCUGCUGGAGGGCCAGAACCAGCUGGACAUGGCGCAGCAGCAGUGCAAGGACGGGCUCUUAGCGGCUGAGGCAGAGCUUCGGAAACAGGACCAGGCGGGCGCAGCUGCCCGCUCCGACGCCUUUGCGGCCAAUGAAGUCGCCAGCCGGGCGACGGCAGCCUUCAAUGAGACUGAAGCGGAAGUGGCUGACAUGCAGAAGGAUUUGGAGAGCGCCACGCAGAGGGCCAAAGACGCCGUGGAGGAGUCGGGGCGGCUGCAGGGCGAGCGGCGGAGGGUGGGCCAGGUGUCCUUGGAGCUGGGGCGCCUCGCGCAGGGCACCUGGAGCUCGGAGGAGGAGUGGUGGGAGUGCUUCGCACUCCUGCAGCAGCACAUGCUUGACACAGGCGCGGAGAGCUCCCUCUUGACCGCCGCCACGGUGUCCUUGAAGAAGCGCCCAGCGGAGCGGAGCGACUUUGAUGCCAUGGCAGUGGACGGAGUCACGGGUUUCCUGCAAGAUCAGCUCGCUGCUGCGGACCAGCACCUCACAUUGCGCCCGCAGAAAGAAAUGGAGGCAGAGGCGGCCGUUCUGGGUGUCCAGGCUCUGCUGAGCGCCACCUGCCAGCGCAAGGAGCAGCAGGCCCAGGCGCUGCAGCAGGCGGUCGCCUCCCAGGAGGCGGCGGCUGCCACUUGCGCGGCGCUAGAGACGGCGCUGCCCAGUGUGGUGGCGGAGGUGGAGAGGCAGCGCCAGCAGGAGGUGUGCUUGGAAACGAGACAUCGGAGCCUGAACGAGGCGCUGGAGCUGGUGGCCGCCUGGAUCUUGGGCAGCGCCAUCCCCGGCCGCGAGGCGGUUGCGGCUGUCCUUCCCGCCGCGGCGCUCGGACAUGCUGAGUCUCAGGGCGACCACGUUGGAUCUCUGGCCACAGCUUUGGGAGAAUCACAGUGCACCCAGCAAAAGGUGUCAGGUUUAGCGGGUUGA